AUGCUGAACAAGAAGUUAUAUGUGGUUACUUCUGCUGCUUUGGUCUCAACAAUCCAACGUUCUGCAAAGUUUGUCUCAUUUGAACCUUUCUUGAAUGAAGUCGGAGAUUGGCUCGCUGGGGUCAAAGGCGAUGGACUGAAGCUCCUCCAGAAACCUAUUAAAGGUGGUGGAAGCCUCAGUUCGGCGAUGGUGCACGUUAUGGCUACCGCUAUUUCAGGCAGCGGCCUUGAUAAAAUGAACGAUACCAUGAUAUCGUUCCUCCAAGCAUCCAUGGAGGAAUUGUCGACUGCAACUGAAGAUCCCAUUGAUCUAUAUGCAUGGUGCCGGGAUGCAAUAACAACUGCUAGUAGCGAGGCGGUUUGGGGAGCUAAAAAUCCUUUACGGUCUAAGGAAAUGCAGGAUACAUUUUGGUACUUCCAUCAAUUGAUAUAUUCGUGGACUGGCUCGAUGGAGUAUGAAACGAACUUGCUCAUGUUAUAUAUCAAUAUUUUGCCUCAAUUCACAGCAAAGAAGCCUUUCAAGGCACGAGAAAGACUGGUGAAAGAAUUUUUGAAGUUCUACGAAGCAAAUGGACAAUGGGAGGCCUCGGAGUUAUCUCUCGCGAGAUGGCAAAUUCAGCACGAAGCAGGCGCUACUAUUGAAAACAUUUCACGCAUGGAAGUUACCUUGUGCGUUGGUGUUCUCUCGAAUACCGUUCCAACCCUGUUCUGGACCACUUUUGAAAUUUUCUCUCGCCCCGAGCUCUUGUUGAAACUUAGGCAAGAGGUCUGGGAUAAUGCAGUGCAUGUUUCUGUGAGUUCGGAGGGCAACACUGUCCAUACCCUUGAUGUCGCAGACGUACGAAACAAAUGUACCCUUCUCCUUGCUACCUUCCAGGAAGUGCUACGUCUACGGUCCAGCAGCGCCACGAUUCGUACUGUUCUUGAGGAUAUUGAGAUAAAUAACCAGCAUCUACUCAAAAAGGGUUCAAUGCUACAGCUUCCGGCACCGUUUCUCAACCUUGAGGAAUCUACCUGGGGCUCGGAUUCAGCAAACUUUAACCCUUACCGAUUUAUUGAUUGUGAUAAGGAGAAAGUUGGUCGUCUAAGAUCGAAGGGUUACAUGUCUUGGGGUACAUCUCCUCACAUGUGCCCAGGAAGACAUUUUGCAAGUGGGGAGAUUUUACCUGCGGUUGCUAUGUUUUUGGUACGAUAUGAUAUUACACCUGUCGAGGGUAACUGGCAACAUCCUUCGAUAAAUAGAGAGGUGAUAGCAGCAUCGAUUCCUCCACCAAAGGAAAAGUUCCUGGCUCGACUCUCCGAGAGGGAUAAUCGGGAUGCAUUGAAAUGGGAGUUCAGGCCUUCCGCAGAACACGGAAGAUUUAAAUUAGUUACUGGGUAA